CCCGACCGCCCAGAUGCAGUUUCGCCUCUUCUCCUUUGCCCUCAUCAUCCUGAAUUGUAUGGAUUACAGCCACUGCCAAGGCAAUCGAUGGAGACGCAGUAAGCGAGCUAGUUAUGUAUCAAAUCCCAUUUGCAAGGGUUGUUUGUCUUGUUCAAAGGACAACGGGUGCAGCCGAUGUCAACAGAAGUUGUUCUUCUUUCUUCGAAGAGAAGGCAUGCGCCAGUAUGGAGAAUGCCUGCAUUCCUGUCCAUCUGGUUACUAUGGACACCGAGCCCCAGAUAUGAACAGAUGUGCAAGAUGCAGAAUAGAAAACUGUGAUUCUUGCUUUAGCAAAGACUUUUGUACCAAGUGCAAAGUAGGCUUUUAUUUGCAUAGAGGCCGUUGCUUUGAUGAAUGUCCAGAUGGUUUUGCACCAUUAGAUGAAACCAUGGAAUGUGUGGAAGGAUGCGAAGUUGGUCAUUGGAGUGAAUGGGGAGCUUGUAGCAGAAAUAAUCGCACAUGUGGAUUUAAAUGGGGUCUGGAAACCAGAACACGGCAAAUUGUUAAAAAGCCAGCAAAGGACACGAUACCAUGUCCAACCAUCGCUGAAUCCAGGAGAUGUAAGAUGGCCAUGAGGCAUUGUCCGGGAGGAAAGAGAGCCCCAAAGGCAAAGGAGAAGAACAAGAAAAAGAAGAGGAAGCUGAUAGAAAGAGCCCAGGAGCAACACAGUGUCUUCCUAGCUACAGACAGAGCUCAUCAGUAAAAUAGGAGACAUGUAGGUUAGAUUUUGGGGGAUUUUUGUUUUUGCAAAAGUGCACAAAGCUACUCUCCCCGCCUGGACACUGGUGUGUGGCGUUUAUGCUGCCUUGACCAGUAUUUGUUCCCGGUAAUGUUGUGAAAGGAGGAGCCACGAGCGUGGUCUCUGUUAUUUAUGCUUCAAUUUGCAUCUGGAGACUGUGAAGGCAGGAGCUCACGGCCUGAAUCAGUGGAAGAGGGAGUGGGUGUCCAGCAUGUGCCUUGGCUCCACAUGCACGGAGGGAACGUGGCACCAUGGAGAGGCAACGGCCGUGAGGCCCCAGACCACCACUGGAGAACAGACUUGUGCAUAUUUAUGGGAAAGAAGACACUCCGCAGGCAAAGUGCUAUUUCACCUGUGACCUUGAUUUCUCACGUUGUGUAUUUGCAAGGAUAAAUGUAUGUGGAUAUCUGCUUUUAGCUGGGGGUAUGCUCCAGGGAUUCCUGCUCAGUAUCACAUCAGCUCCAACAUGUACAUAAUCUGUGGGGCCAUCAAUAAACCUCUUACUGUAUAUUUAUGCCUUCUUUCCUGUAACAAGUCAUACCUGAUUAAUAUUAUGUCACUUUGUUUCUAGAUGUUCCUAACCAUCGUCCAGUAAAUGACUUCUAGUUGUGCGAAUUGACGGAUGUUUCGUUACCCCUUGAAAUGUAACUUUUCUUGGAGGGCUUAUUUCUCAUUGUAAGAAUAGGAUAAGCUAGUUUGUACAUAGGCUCAAAUGACCAGUGUCAAAGAAUCUGAAUAUCAGUAGAACUUCCCCACUCCAGCUCUCCUCCUACAGAUAAAGCAGCAUGUGUCAGGCAGAAACUAAAACUCCCUUUAUGUCUAAGAGGUGAUGACUUUAUGAAACACAAUUGAAAACGCGAGGAAUUACAUGCAGUCCCUUCUAGUACUCAUCAUGCAGGUUCAGAGGCUAGAGAGAUUUUCAAACUUUUGUUUCAAGCUUCAAUAUAUAUACAUAUUUAUCUAAAGCCAUCCCUGACUUACCAGGACAAGGUACCUACCAAUAUUCUUGGGUCACUGUAGAAAUUACCAUCAUGAGACCAUGCAUAGAAUUUGAGAAGAAAACAGUAUGAAUUCCUGUAACUGCUGCUCAGAUCUUAACAGGUCUCCUUUGAGCCAGAUCCGUAUCCUCUCCAAGACAGAAGAACACGAUGGAGACUUCCCUGGGGACUUUUGGAGCAGUUGUUUCAAAAACAUCAUCAUACACUUGAGGAAAUCAGCUCUCAGAGAGCUUUUAAUUGGCUUCUUCUAUAAAAGCAUCAUUAUCUUCCUGGCUAAUUCAGAUGAAAAUUAAAACAAAAAAAUGGUUACAGAUGUUUAAGGAAAAAAAAAGCAAGGUAAAGCAUUUUUUCUCACCUUGCAUUGGCAAAACUACCUCUUCAGCAUUUUUGUUUUGAGUCAAAAGCAUCUUACCAGUAUCAAUGUCCUAUACAUCAUUAUGAGAAUAUUGUUGCUAUGAGAUAAUAAGCCAUAUAUGAAUGUUGUACACAACUUUAGGGUUUGCAUUUAAUCCUAAAGUGCUCACCUCGUUUCACGUCUAUUUACACUAUAUUCCUAUUUACUAAGUGGGGAAGGGGCUCCUUUAUAUAGUGCUUCAUCGUUAAUAAGUCAAUAUCUGUUCUGUUUCUGAGAUGUUCUUUUCAUGCAUUAAAAAUCUUCAAAAUUA